CGUUUCGCGAUUCAUUCGCUUCGCUUUGUUUGUUGUGUUGUUGUUGAUAAAACCGCGAUUCAUGAAAUUUUCCUGUACACUUUGUAAAAGUAUUUUCAUGUAAAAUCAGCAAUGAAGUUAAUACUUGUGUUGUAUUUAUCUUCGCUGCUGGGCACAAGUUUCGCGUAUGACUGUGCCUACUGCCAGCCGGAACAAGUUCAUAUAGCUUUCGGAGAAAAGACCAAUGACAUAGUAGUAACUUGGAGCACAUUCAAUGACACCAAAGAGACGAGAGUCCAGUACGGCAAGAAUGUAAUGGACACAGAGGCUCAAGGAUACAGCACUCUGUUUGUAGAUGGAGGACCACACAAGCACAGCCAGUACAUCCACCGGGUGACACUGCGUGACCUGGAGUUUGAUACUGAAUAUGUAUACCACGCUGGCUCAGUCUACGGCUGGUCAGAGCAGUUUAACUUCAAGACCCCCCCAGCGGGGGAAAACUGGGUGGUGCGAGCCGCUAUAUACGGAGACAUGGGGAAUAAGAAUGCUCAUUCACUGUCCUACCUCCAAGACGAAGCGCAACGGCACAAGUUCGACCUCAUCCUUCACGUGGGCGACUUCGCCUACGACAUGGACACAGAUGACGCCGCAGUAGGCGACCAGUUCAUGCGCCAGAUACAACCGCUAGCCGCCGCCGUGCCCUACAUGACCUGCGUCGGCAACCACGAGGAGAAGUACAAUUUCAGUAACUACAAGAACCGCUUCUCUAUGCCUGGUCCUCAGCAGAGCAUGUUCUACAGUUUCGAUAUCGGCCCGAUACAUUUUGUAUCCAUUUCUACAGAGUACUACUACUUUAUUAACUACGGGAUACAUAUGCUCAUGAACCAAUACGAUUGGCUGGUUGACGACUUGACAAAAGCAACUCAAAGGGAGAACAGGGAGAAGAGGCCAUGGAUAGUGUUGUACGGUCACAGACCGAUGUAUUGCAGCAACUCAAACGAUGUGGAUUGUAGCGUGGAGUACACAAGGGUGGGAUUGCCGUUUUUGGGAAUGUACAGUCUGGAGCCUCUCCUCAAGCAGUUCGGAGUAGACCUCGUGAUCUGGGCGCACGAACACAGCUACGAACGGACCUGGCCUCUCUACGACAAUAAGGUGUACAACGGGUCGCUGGAGCAACCCUAUGUGAACCCUGGGGCUCCUGUCCACAUAGUGACCGGCUCAGCGGGCUGUCAAGAAAAUACUGAUCCAUUUGUCGCCGCCCCGCCCGAGUGGUCCGCGUUCCGUUCCACCGACUACGGAUACACGCGGUUCCACGCGCUCAACCAGACACACAUUUAUAUGGAACAGGUCUCCGUAGAUAAGAAAGGCGAAGUGAUUGACUCCUUCUGGCUACAUAAAUCUUUGCACGAACCCUACAACAUGUAGAUAUAUUAUGAUACCCAACUUAGGAAAUAUUUUUUUAAUGACAAUUUGUAAUACCUAUGAUCUAUGUUCUCGAAUCUAAAAUGUAUGGUAUAUUUUACUACACUACUUUCAUAGACAUCAUAAUAUUCAUUAUGUAAGGAAUUUGUACUUUUAUAUCUUGCUUUAUCUCGAUGGGUAGGCAGUAUGUAAAGUAAAGUAAUAAAAAUGUGAUAUUUACGUGAUUCCAAAGAAUUUUGUACAAAUAUGUAACUUAUGUGAUUGUAAUUAUCAUUAAAAUAUAUUAAUAUGA